CAGCCCAGUCCCCAGUGGGCCGCCAUGUUGUCGGAGUGAAAGGUAAGGGGGAGCGAGAGCGCUGGCGAGAGCCGAUCCGGGGGGCUGAAAUCCAUCUUCAUCCGACCGCUCCGCCCGUGUUGGUGGAAUGAGCGUUGCAUGUGUUUUGAAGAGAAAAGCAGUGCUCUGGCAGGACUCCUUCAGCCCCCACCUGAAACAGCACACGCAAGAAACAGCUAAUCCCAACAUGCCUGUUGUUUUGACAUCUGGAACAGCAGGGUCCCAGGCACAGCAACAGCCGGCUGCAAACCCGGCCCUUGCGGCAGGGACUCACUCAAGCCCCGUCCCAGGAUCUAUAGGGGUGGCGGGCCGCUCCCAGGACGACGCCAUGGUGGAUUACUUCUUUCAGAGGCAGCAUGGUGAGCAGCUUGGGGGAGGAGGAAGUGGUGGCGGCGGCUAUAAUAACAGCAAACAUCGCUGGCCUACUGGGGAUAACAUUCAUGCAGAGCAUCAGGUACGAUCCAUGGAUGAACUGAACCAUGAUUUUCAAGCACUUGCUCUUGAGGGAAGAGCUAUGGGAGAGCAGCUCUUGCCAGGUAAAAAGUUUUGGGAAACAGAUGAUUCCAGCAAAGAUGGACCAAAAGGAAUAUUCCUGGGUGAUCAAUGGCGGGACAGUGCCUGGGGAACAUCAGAUCAUUCAGUUUCCCAGCCCAUCAUGGUGCAGAGAAGACCUGGUCAGAGUUUCCAUGUGAACAGUGAGGUCAAUUCUGUAUUGUCCCCACGGUCGGAGAGUGGAGGACUAGGAGUUAGCAUGGUGGAAUAUGUAUUGAGUUCAUCCCCUGGUGAUUCCUGUUUAAGAAAAGGAGGAUUUGGCCCAAGGGAUGCAGACAGUGAUGAAAACGACAAAGGUGAAAAGAAGAACAAGGGUACAUUUGAUGGAGAUAAGCUAGGAGAUUUGAAGGAGGAGGGUGAUGUGAUUGACAAGACCAAUGGUUUACCAGUACAGAAUGGGAUUGAUGCAGACGUCAAAGAUUUUAGCCGUACCCCUGGUAAUUGCCAGAACUCUGCUAAUGAAGUGGAUCUUCUGGGUCCAAACCAGAAUGGUUCUGAGGGCUUAGCCCAGCUGACCAGCACUAAUGGUGCCAAGCCUGUGGAGGAUUUCUCCAACAUGGAGUCCCAGAGUGUCCCCUUGGACCCCAUGGAGCAUGUUGGCAUGGAGCCUCUUCAGUUUGAUUAUUCAGGCACGCAGGUACCUGUGGACUCAGGAGCAGCAACUGUGGGACUCUUUGACUACAAUUCUCAACAACAGCUCUUCCAAAGACCGAAUGCCCUUGCUGUUCAACAGCUCACUGCUGCCCAGCAACAACAGUAUGCCCUGGCAGCUGCUGCCCAUCAGCCUCACAUAGGUAUGUUUUCAGCAGGUUUAGCUCCCGCCGCGUUUGUCCCCAAUCCAUACAUCAUCAGUGCCGCGCCUCCAGGGACGGAUCCUUAUACAGCAGGAUUGGCCGCUGCAGCAACUCUAGGGCCUGCUGUGGUCCCUCACCAGUAUUAUGGAGUUACGCCCUGGGGAGUCUAUCCUGCCAGUCUUUUCCAACAGCAAGCUGCCGCUGCCGCUGCAGCAAGUAAUUCAGCUAACCAGCAGACCACUCAGCAAACUCAGCAAGGGCAGCAGCAGGUUCUUCGUGGAGGUGCCAGCCAACGUCCUUUGACCCCAAAUCAGAACCAGCAAGGUCAGCAAACUGAUCCCCUUGUGGCAGCUGCUGCAGUAAACUCUGCUCUUGCAUUUGGGCAGGGCUUGGCCGCAGGGAUGCCAGGGUAUCCUGUCUUGGCACCAGCUGCUUAUUAUGACCAAACAGGGGCCCUUGUUGUCAAUGCUGGGGCUAGGAAUGGUCUGGGAGCUCCUGUGCGCCUUGUAGCCCCCGCCCCCGUCAUCAUCAGCUCCUCAGCAGCACAAGCAGCUGUUGCAGCCGCUGCAGCCUCUGCCAAUGGUGCAGCCGGUGGUCUUGCAGGCACCACAAAUGGACCAUUCCGCCCAUUAGGAACCCAGCAGCCUCAGCCCCAGCCCCAGCAGCAGCCCAACAACAACUUGGCCUCCAGUUCAUUUUAUGGCAACAACUCACUGAGCAGCAACUCACAGAGUAGUUCCCUCUUUUCUCAGGGCUCUGCCCAGCCUGCCAACACUUCACUUGGAUUUGGGAGCAGCAGCUCUCUUGGAGCCACUCUGGGAUCCGCCCUUGGAGGAUUUGGAACUGCAGUGGCAAACUCAAAUACUGGUAGUGGCUCCCGCCGAGACUCCCUGACUGGCAGCAGUGACCUAUAUAAGAGAACAUCCAGCAGUUUGACCCCCAUUGGACACAGUUUUUAUAAUGGCCUUGGCUUUUCUUCCUCUCCUGGACCUGUUGGAAUGCCUCUCCCUAGUCAGGGGCCAGGGCAUUCCCAGACACCACCUCCUUCUCUCUCUUCACACGGAUCUUCUUCAAGUCUGAACCUGGGAGGGCUCACCAAUGGCAGUGGAAGAUACAUCUCUGCGGCUCCUGGAGCCGAAGCCAAGUACCGGAGUGCAAGCAGUGCAUCUAGCCUGUUUAGCCCCAGUAGUGCCCUGUUCCCUUCUUCUCGAAUUCGCUACGGCUUGUCGGACGUCAUGCCCUCUGGCCGGAGCAGACUUUUGGAGGACUUCCGUAAUAACCGCUACCCCAACUUACAGCUGCGUGAAAUUGCAGGGCACAUCAUGGAAUUUUCCCAAGACCAGCAUGGCUCCAGAUUCAUUCAGCUGAAGCUGGAGCGUGCCACACCAGCUGAACGCCAGCUUGUCUUCAAUGAAAUUCUACAGGCUGCUUACCAGCUAAUGGUAGAUGUCUUUGGGAACUAUGUUAUUCAGAAGUUCUUUGAAUUUGGCAGCCUUGAACAGAAGCUGGCUUUGGCAGAAAGGAUCCGAGGGCAUGUCCUAUCCUUGGCUCUGCAGAUGUACGGCUGUCGGGUCAUCCAGAAAGCCCUUGAGUUUAUUCCCCCAGACCAGCAGGUAAUUAAUGAGAUGGUUCGGGAACUAGAUGGCCAUGUCCUGAAAUGUGUGAAAGACCAGAAUGGCAAUCACGUGGUUCAGAAGUGUAUCGAAUGUGUGCAACCUCAGUCCCUCCAGUUUAUUAUUGAUGCAUUCAAGGGACAGGUAUUUGCACUGUCUACACAUCCUUAUGGCUGUCGAGUCAUUCAGAGGAUCCUGGAGCACUGUCUUCCGGAACAGACGCUUCCCAUUUUGGAGGAGCUUCACCAGCAUACGGAGCAGCUUGUCCAGGACCAGUAUGGAAAUUAUGUAAUCCAACAUGUAUUGGAGCAUGGUCGUCCUGAGGAUAAAAGCAAAAUCGUAGCAGAAAUAAGAGGGAAUGUGCUUGUGUUAAGUCAGCACAAAUUUGCAAGCAAUGUUGUAGAAAAAUGUGUCACUCAUGCAUCUCGCACGGAACGCGCCAUGCUGAUUGAUGAGGUGUGCACCAUGAAUGACGGCCCUCACAGUGCCUUAUACACCAUGAUGAAAGAUCAAUACGCCAACUACGUGGUCCAGAAAAUGAUUGACGUAGCUGAACCAGCGCAGAGAAAGAUUGUCAUGCACAAGAUCCGGCCUCAUAUUGCAACUUUACGCAAGUACACCUAUGGCAAACACAUUCUGGCAAAGCUGGAAAAAUACUAUAUGAAGAAUGGGGUGGACUUGGGGCCAAUUUGUGGACCACCCAAUGGUAUCAUUUGAAGCAAUGAAUUCUUGAAAAACUCAGUGGCCAACAGGCAAAUCCAACCAGCAACCGGAAAUACUCCAAUAUACAGUUACAAAAGGGUUAAUGGUUGCUCACCUAUUACAGAGAAAAAUCAAACAACUAAAAAGCCUUUGUAAAUUUCUUUAAUUUUAUUAUGCAUAACAUGUACUAAUUAUUUUUUUUAAUUGACUAAUUGCCCUGCUGUUUUACUGGUGUAUAGGAUACUUGUACAUAGGUAACCAAUGUACAUGGGAGGCCACAUAUUUUGUUCACUGUUGUAUCUAUAUUCCAAGUGCAGAAACUUUCAGGGUGGUUGGUUUAAAAAAAAGAAAAAAAAUGAAAAAAAGGUUUUUAACUCAUCUUGCCUAGCUGGCAAAUUUUGCAAAUACUUGUUUUUUCCCCCCCAUUUUAGUCAAAAUUCAGAAGUUCUCAUUUUAGUUAAAUGGCACAAAACCUGCAUUUAAUGCUGUUUAUAAAUAUUAAAAGUUUCAGAGUUGCUAAAGCUUCAGUUUAAGAGAAUUUUAAGUUUAUGAAACUUUUUAAAUUGCUUUUUUGGGGGGAGUAGAAUAUGCUAAAGAACUUAGCUUAGUCAAUUUUUGGAAGGAUGAACACACACCCAGGACCUUUUAAAAGCAGGGUGGGUGUGUUUGUUUACUGCCGACUUGAUUGAUUCUGUUCAAAGGCAAAAUGUGAUUAUUUAGCAUGAGAAAAAACAAUCCAACUCUGCUUUGGUCUUGCUUCUAUAAAUAUAUAGUGUAUACUUGGUGUAGACUUUGCAUAUAUAAAAAUUUGUAGUAUUUUCUUGUUUUGAUGUCUAAUCUGUAUCUAUAAUGUACCCUAGUAGUGGAACAUACUUUUGAUUGUACAAUUGUACAUUUGUAAACCUCUGUAAUGUAAAUGUGGAGAAGUUUGAAUCAACAUAAACCCGUUUUUUGGUAAGACAAAAAAAUUAGCAAACCUGUGCAUUUCAAUGUAUAUUCACACCUUUUAUGGUCGUAGCAUAUAGUGUUGUAUAUUGUAAAUUGUAAUUUCAACCAGAAGUAAAUUUUUUCUUUUGAAGGAAAUGUUCUUUAUACAGCCUAGUUAAUGUUUAAAGAGAAAAAAAAAAGCUUGGUUUUAUUUGUCACCUCGUGGAACAGUAGCGAGAUCCUUUCUAAAUGUUCUACAAAAUGACUCAGUUAAAAAAAAAAUAGUGUUUUUUUAAUCUUCCAGGAGUAACAUGUUUUGCUUAUUUUGUGACAGUAAAAAGGACGUGCAAAGGUUCAGCCCCGCCCUGUCCCCCAAUCAGAGCCCCUUCCACCUUGUAAAGUGUGAAGCCCGCCCUUUUUGUACAGAAGAUGAACUGUAUUUUGCAUUUUGUCUACUUGUAAGUGAAUGUAACAUACUGUCAAUUUUCCUUGUUUGAAUAUAGAAUUGUAACACUACACGGUGUACAUUUACAGAGCCUUGUGUAUAUUUCCAAUGAACUUUUUUGCAAGCACACUUGUAACCAUAUGUGUAUAAUUAACAAACCUGUGUAUGCUUAUGCCUGGGCAACUAUUUUUUGUAACUUGUGUAGAUUGUCUCUAAACAAUGUGUGAUCUUUAUUUUGAAAAAUACACACCUUUGGAAUCUG